UCAGCCCUGGGGCCAGAAUCACCCGGCUAGUUAGAUCUGAAGCCCAGCCUGGCGUCUAUCAGGAGCCGGGUCAAUUCUGCACGCGCGGUCGCUUCGCGCUCCCGGGGGCAGGGUCCCGGUCAUCUCCCUCCGAGGUGUGAGGCAGCCACGUCCUCUCCGUCUCGCCCUGGGGAGGGUGGAGGUGGAGAUGCAGAAACUACAGGCUCGGACUGUGACCCGGGAGUGAACACAGAUUUUAAGAGUAAUCUUCACAAAGUGUACCAGGCCAUAGAGGAGGCCGACUUCUUCGCCAUCGAUGGGGAGUUUUCAGGAAUCAGCGAUGGACCUUCGGUCACCGCAUUAACAAAUGGUUUUGACACUCCAGAAGAAAGGUAUCAGAAGCUUAAAAAGCAUUCCAUGGACUUUUUGCUGUUUCAGUUUGGCCUUUGCACUUUUAAGUAUGACUACACAGAUUCAAAGUAUAUAACAAAGUCUUUUAACUUCUAUGUUUUCCCGAAACCCUUCAAUAGAUCCUCACCAGAUGUCAAAUUUGUUUGUCAGAGCUCAAGCAUUGACUUUCUAGCAAGCCAAGGAUUUGAUUUUAAUAAAGUUUUUCGCAACGGAAUUCCGUACUUAAACCAGGAAGAAGAAAGACAGUUAAGAGAGCAGUAUGAUGAGAAGCGUUCGCAGUCCAAUGGUGCAGGUGCUCUGUCCUACACGUCUCCUAACACUUCAAAGUGUCCCGUGACUAUUCCUGACGAUCAGAAGAAGUUCAUUGACCAAGUGGUAGAGAAAAUAGAAGAUUUAUUACAAAGUGAAGAAAACAAGAACUUGGAUUUAGAGCCAUGUACUGGGUUCCAAAGAAAACUGAUUUAUCAGACUUUGAGCUGGAAGUAUCCCAAAGGCAUUCAUGUUGAGACUUUAGAAACCGAAAAGAAAGAGCGAUAUAUUGUUAUCAGCAAAGUAGAUGAAGAAGAACGCAAAAGAAGAGAGCAACAGAAACAUGCUAAGGAACAGGAAGAACUGAAUGAUGCUGUGGGAUUUUCUAGAGUCAUUCAUGCCAUUGCUAAUUCGGGGAAGCUUGUCAUUGGACACAACAUGCUCUUGGACGUCAUGCAUACGGUUCAUCAGUUCUACUGCCCUCUGCCUGCGGACUUAAAUGAAUUUAAGGAGAUGACAACAUGUGUUUUCCCCAGGCUCUUGGAUACAAAAUUGAUGGCCAGCACACAACCUUUUAAGGAUAUCAUUAACAACACAUCCCUUGCAGAAUUGGAAAAGCGGUUAAAAGAGAUACCUUUCAACCCUCCUAAAGUUGAAAGUGCAGAAGGCUUUCCAAGUUAUGACACGGCUUCUGAACAGCUCCACGAGGCAGGCUAUGAUGCUUAUAUCACAGGACUGUGUUUCAUCUCCAUGGCCAACUACCUAGGUUCUUUUCUUAGUCCUCCAAAGAGUCAUGUGUCUGCCAGAUCAAAACUCAUCGAACCUUUUUUUAACAAGUUAUUUCUUAUGAGAGUCAUGGAUAUCCCGUAUCUAAACUUGGAAGGACCAGACUUGCAGCCUAAACGUGAUCACGUCCUCCAUGUGACAUUCCCCAAAGAAUGGAAAACCAGUGACCUUUACCAGCUUUUCAGUGCCUUUGGUAACAUUCAGAUAUCUUGGAUUGAUGACACAUCAGCAUUUGUUUCUCUCAGCCAACCUGAACAAGUGCCAAUUGCUGUCAAUACCAGCAAGUAUGCAGAGAGCUAUCGCAUCCAGACCUAUGCUGACUAUGUCGGGAAAAAGCGAGAGGAGAAGCAGAUGAAGAGAAAGUGGACAGAAGAUAGUUGGAAGGAGGUUGAGCCAAAGCGGCUAAACACGCAGUGCGUCUCCUACGGUUUGCAGAAUCACCAUUACCACGCCAACAGUCUCACAGCCACCAGCACAGUAGGAAAGAGAAACCUGAGUCCCAGUCGAGCAGAAGCUGGCCUGGAGGCCCGAGCAUCGGGGGAGAUUUCUGACACUGAGCUUGAGCAGACAGAUCCCUGUGCAGAAUCCCUCUCAGAGGGAAGGAAAAAGGCCAAGAAACUAAAAAGGAUGAAGAAGGACCUUUCUCCGACAGGAAGCAUCUCGGACAGCUCGGCCAAGCUCUUCGAAGUCCCCGACACGUGGUAACCAAGACCGGAGUGGAACAACCCCGCUGGUGCUGUUGCCGAGAAGGAAAGAAGCAGCUGGCACGUUUGGAAGCCAUACCGCGUUUCACUGAAUCCACUGUGGUGUGGGAGGAGCCUGAAACCAAGUGUGUCUCCUGAAAAAACCCCAGUUUUUAUUUUCAAGGCUGUGUUCCUUCCUCCUCAGCCUCACCCAUGUGCUGGCACUCAGCGUGUUGUCGACUGUCGUGUGUUCAUGAUUCACCAGGUCAUUAAGGUCAUUACUUGUUGCUCGUGUGAAACCCUCCAGUCACAGAUCUGUGUGUGCGAAUCCACCCGAAGGGAAGGCCAACCAUGAGACCCGCAGAAAGAGCCGACGCUCUUGUGUGCUGUGACCAUGAAUUUGGGGUUGAACUUCUCGAGAGGUUCACGCUCAGGCCCGGGGGCAGCCCUGGGGUGUGGUACGGCCUCCCGUGAAGAAUUCGGUCGUGUCUGCCUGCUUCUCAUCAUUGCUGCCUGAAACCACGAAGCUCCCAAGCUUGUUUUCCUGGUAGGAAGAUGUCUACCACUAUCAACACAUGCCUUGACCUUUGGGGCAUAUUUAUUUAGAGGUGGUUUUUUUUCCCCCCUAAGAUGUGAGUUUCUCAUGGUGGGGUGUACGAAUGAAAAGUUAAUUUCUGUUUUCCCAGGUAGCAUUCCGUGUCUUAGCCAGUGUCUUGUCUGUUUGUCUGGUGGUGUCUGGGGGUGAGGUGGCAAGUGUGCGUACGUGUGCAUGUGUGUGAAAUCAUAACAAAUCAACACCGUGUACCAGCCUUUCUCUGUCAAACCAGAUCACAGCAGCGACAGAAUCCCGUGGAUCUGCUUCCUACAGAUCACUGUUAGAUAUUUAACA